AUGACAACUUUUGCAGAGAGCUCCACCCUACUCCUGCUUAACAGGAAGGAGCAAAGCUCACAACAGAACGGUGCUGUAACAUGCAGUUAUUCAGCUAAACUGAUAUUUCUUAUAGAAGGACGAAUAAUCUUUGUAAACGAUCAAGAAUCAAAACAACAAUUGAAGACUAAGCAUUAGCACACAGCAUCUCUUUAUAAUGUUGUUUCAUUCCAGGAGGAACUCAAGACUGCAUUGGAGCGCUUACAGGAGAAACUGAAGGUCUUUGGAGAAGUUAAACUGGCCUGUGAUCAAACAGCCAACCACAUCAAGGUAAGAAUACAGAGUGAAGCUGAGAUGGAGUGAUACUUUACACAUUUACCAUAACUCUGUGGAAUUAUGGAUGAUCAAUUAUUGAUUAUGUCUUUUACAUUCCUCUCUGCUGUAUCCAGAGCCAGGCCCAGCACACAGAGAGGCUGAUUAAGAUGGGGUUUGAGAAUCUUCAUUAGUUUCUACAUGAGGAAGAGAGAGCCAGGAUAGAUGCACUGAAGGAGGAAGAGGAGCAGAAGAGUCAGAUGAUGAAGAAGAAGAUUGAGGAGUUGAGCAGAGAGAUAUCAUCACUUCCAGACACAAUCAGUACCAUAGAGGAAGAGCUGGGAGCUGAGGACAUCUCAUUCCUGCAGGUAAGGACUAAUCUACCUCUGAUAAAUCAACAGCCCUUUCAAUUAUGAAAUAAACAUUGUAGUAGUACAUUCAUAUGUUUUAGAUUGAUUUUCUAUGAUCAAUACAUCUAUUAAUGUGUUAUUUUGUUUCCCUACAGAACUACAAGGAUACAGUGAAAAGGUAAGGGGACUUUAUUAUGUCUCUCUCUUCUCUGGGGUUCUGUACCAGAACCCAGUGGACACUGCCAGAUCCAGAGAGGGUUUCAGGAGCGCUGAUAGAUGUAGCAAAGCACCUGGGCAACCUGCAGUUCAGAGUGUGGGAGAAGAUGCAGGAAAUAGCUCAGGACAGUAAGUAUUUAAGGGGUAUAAUAAGGUAUUAUAUAGUGUAGACCAUGACAUCACUAUGACUCUCCAAUACAGAAAAAGAGACAGUGAAUUAUUUUUAAGAUGGCACUCCAGUCUCCUUUCACCUCAUUUAUCACCUGAUUUACUUAACAAAGGCUCAUCUCAAUAUGUAGUGCAGGUAUCCUCAUGACAUGGCACAAGUGGUGGAGAUGGGGGGCUUUCCUAUUUUGUCCUCUAUUACUCCUCUAUUGUUCAAGGGGGGAGGCCGAUGAAAUCACAGUGCACCCAUCAGACCAACUCAUUGAAUGGACAACUCCUAGAAGUUUGCAGUUGUUCACAGACUUAAGGGUAAAAAAAUUGUUUUAUCAAAAUAGUGUUUUUAGUCAUUACUGUAUUUAUACAUGAGAUAUUGUUUUUCAACAGGAAAAGUUUUUUUAAAAAUAGCUGGAGUGCAUCUUUAAAAUACAUAACAUCAAUUUUCAUGGAACAUCAAAUCCGUUUUUUUUUUUUUUUUUUGUAAUUUAGCAGACGCUCUUAUCCAGAGCGACUUAGAGGAGCAAUUAGGGUUAAGUGCCUUGCUCAAGGGCACAUCAACAGAUUUUUCACCUAGUUGGCUUGGGGAUUAGAACCAGCGACCUUUCGGUUACUGGCACAACGCUCUUAACCACUAAGCUACCUGCCGCGGUUUCAGUGUAUUUAUCAAAAAGCAGAUUGUACAUUUACAGAUGUGAAGUUUUACGAGGAUUUCCCAAUAAGUAAUGUUCACAUAUAGAACACAAAACAUAUAUAGCAUCAUAUAUCAUAUACAGUCAUGUAUUCCCCCUUCAUUUGAAUUAAUCUAGUGUACUUGUGUUCUCUCUGUUCAGCUCCAGUGACUGUUCAUCUCCAGCUUUAACUCAGGAACACACAGCUGGGACAUUGAUGUUGGGGAGAAUACAUUCUGGGACCUGGGUGUGAUCACAGAGAUUGUCCAGAGGAAGGGAGAAAGUGGUUUAUGGGAUGGAUCCUGGGAUGUGUGGUUUUGUGAUGGGUAUUAUAAAACACAUGUUCCAAAUAAGCAAUCCACUUUACUCACAGAGAGACGGAACCCCCAGAGGAUCAGAGUGCAGCUAGAUUGGGAAGGAGGAAAGCUGUCAUUCUCUGACCCUGUCAAUAACACACAUCUACACACAUUCACACACACUUUCACUGAGAUAGUCUUUCUAUUAUUCUGGAAUCCCCAUACUCUCCACCUCCCUCUGGGGGUGUUACCA